CACUUCUGGCUCUUGCUGGGCAUCUACCUGGCUGCCCUCCUGGGCAACGGCCUCAUCAGCACAGCCGUAGCCUGCGACCACCGCCUGCACACCCCCAUGUACUUCUUCCUCCUCAACCUCGCCCUCCUCGACCUGGGCUGCAUCUCCACCACUCUCCCCAAAGCCAUGGCCAAUGCCCUCUGGCACACCAGGCACAUCUCCUAUGCAGGAUGUGCUGCACAGGUCUUUUUCUUUCUCUUCUUCCUCUCAGCAGAGUAUUCCCUUCUCACCAUCAUGUCCUAUGACCGCUACGUUGCCAUCUGCAAGCCCCUGCACUACGGGACCCUGCUGGGCAGCAGAGCUUGUGCCACCAUGGCAGCAGCUGCCUGGGGCACUGGGUUUCUCUAUGCUCUGCUGCACACUGCCAAUACAUUUUCACUGCUUCUCUGCCACGGCAAUGCUGUAGAUCAGUUCUUCUGUGAAAUCCCCCACAUCCUCAAGCUCUCCUGCUCAGAUGCCUACCUCAGAGAAAUUGGGCUUCUUGUGGUCAGUGCUUCUUUAGCAUCUGGGUGCUUUGUUUUUGUUCUUUUCUCCUAUGUGCAGAUCUUCAGGGCCGUGCUGAGGAUGCCCUCUGAGCAGGGACGGCACAAAGCCUUCUCAAUGUGCCUCCCUCACUUGGCUGUGCUCUCCCUGUUCCUCAGCACUGGAAUGGUUGCCUACCUAAAGCCCGCCUCCAUCUCCUCCCCUUCCCUGGAUCUGCUGGUGUCAAUUCUGUACUCAGUGGUGCCUCCAACAGUGAAUCCUCUCAUUUACAGUGUUAGAAACAAGGAGCUCAUGUGUUCAGUGCAGAAUCAGGCCCUUGUUCUUGUUAUACUUUAUGCAGUUGGUGCUUGCCCAGUUUUCUAUCUUGUCCACGUCUCUGUGCAAGUCCUCUUCACCCUCAGUGAAGGCAACAGCUCCUCCCAGUUUGGUAUCAUCGGCAAACUUGCUCAAAACAUCUUCUAG